UCGAAUCAAAACGCCAUGGCCACGGCUAAAAAGCUAUGUUUCAUUGUCAUUCUAUCAUUGUGUCUCCUAAAUGUGGAAUUCUCGCGUGCACAGGAGGACUCUCCAUCACCUGCUACCUCACCGGAACGUGAGGCACCAGCACAUUCUCCUCUUCCACCACCGUCUUCUUCUUCACCAGAAUCACAUUCCUCUCCCUCACCAUCUCCAUCACGGUCACCGUCACCAUCUCCAUCACGGUCACCGUCACCAUCUCCAUCACGGUCACCAUCUCCAUCACCAUCACCAUCACCAUCACCAUCACCAUCACCAUCACCAUCACCAGAAGCGGUUCCCCUUCCGCCACCAGCUUCACCACCAGAUUCUCCACCACCAUCUCCUCAGCAGGAACCUCCUUCUCCAUCUCCAUCAUCAUCUUCAUCUUCUUCUCCAACUCCUGAACCAGCAGCACCUGCUCCUGCUCCAUCGGACGAUGAUGCUGAUGAUGAUUCAGAGGAGACAGAGAAUUUCCCUUCUCCGACCCCAUCUCCUGCGCCGGCAGAAGAGGGAGAUCCAGAGGACAUCAAAGCAAGCGAGGAUGGUGAAUUCGAGCAAGACGGAGAUGAAGACCGCGGGAUGAGCGGAUGGAAGAAAGCAGGGAUCGCCAUUGGAGGAAUAGUUGGAGUAGGAGCCAUUGCAAUAGGAGCUCUUGUUUACAAGAAACGAAAAGAUAACUUAGCCAGAGCUCGUUACACUUACUUCAACCAAUCAGAGUUUCUUUAAACCUCCUUUCUUUUGUCUUUUCCGGAAAA